UGUGGAGGAGGAGCUGGAUGGCAACAGCUCCCCCUACGACCUGGAGGAUGACCUGCGCUCAGCUGUGAAGGACAGCGAAGACCACAUGGGCCUGGAGCGCAUGUCCUUCCUGCUGCCCAUGUACGGCAUGCUGCACAACAUCAGCCCCCAGUCAUGUGACAUGGGCCUGGGCUCCAACUCUGAUGCCGGCCUCAGCGUUGCGCACACCUGUGAGGUAAGCACCCUGUUUGAAGAAGAGGGGGAGGGCGGAACAGGAGAGGAGGCAGCCGAGUUCCGAUUGGAGGACACCAGUCCGGUCGAGCUGCCCGGCCCCCUCUCCUGUCCCAUGGAGUCGGUCGGCUCUGAGACCCAAGACGACGAGAUGGCCCAGUCGGCCCACCUCAUGUCGCUGGGGCUAUGCAGGAUCUCCAGCAUCAAGUGCCUCCCCCGGGCCAGGACCCUGGAGCCCAGGCCUGCCUCUGCACCCCGGGGGCAGGAGGACGCCCCCCUGGAAGAGAAAUUGCCCCGCCCGGCUCUCGCGGAUGUGCAAAAGCCGUCCGGCGCCAAGGCGCUGUCCUGCAUCCUGUGCCAUGUGGACCUGGCCUCCCGGAGCCUCCUGGAGGUGCACCUGAAGUGUCACGACGGCGAGCGGCGGUUCAGGUGCCCCCGCUGCGGCUGGGCGGUGGAGGCCUGGCCGGAGAUGGAGCGUCACUGGAGGGGUCACGGGAAGAGGCGCGGUGGCAGGCCCCAUCGGUGCCAGGAGUGCCCCCGGACGUUCCGGAGCGCCAGCACCCGUGAUGCCCACCAGCAGCGGCACGCCAGGCGUGGCGAGGCGGAGACACGGUGUGCCUCCAGCCCGGACUGGUGCCAGUCAGAGCAGGAGAGGGAACUGCACACCCGCUGCCACGUCCAGGGGGGCUUUAAGUGCCUCCACUGCGGCUUCACAGACGAGUCCUGGGAUGAGGUCCACAAGCACAUGAUCUCCCAGCACAAACAUACAGAUGACCAGCAAGCCCAUUUGGACCAGCACAAGCCCUGCAACAUGAAGUCUCGCACAGAGGCGCUGUCCGACCCCCUCCACAUCCAGGCCACGGAGACAGGUGCGGAGGAUAGGCGGGGCCACAGGAAGAGAAGGGCGAGGAGGAAGAUGAGGGGAGGCCUGCAGGGAGGAGCCGGAGGGAGAUGCACGGAGGGGGAGGAGCCCCGCGGCACAGGGAGGACCCGGGGCCGAAAGGAGUUCUGCUGCUCCUUGUGUGACAGGAAGUUCUCCACAAAGCUGACCAUGCGCAGACACAUGGGCAUCCACCAGGGGGACAAGCCUUACCUGUGCCCACACUGCCACUACAGUACCCGCCUGAAGGCUUCAUUGGUGCAGCACCUCCGGGUUCACACAGGAGAGAAGCCCUUCAAGUGCAGCCAGUGUCCGUACGCCUCCAUAGACAGCAGCUCCCUACGCAGGCACGCCCGCACACACACCCAGGAGAAACCUCACUGCUGCCAGCUCUGCUCCUACAGCAGCAUCCAGAAGAAGAGCCUGGACCUGCAUGUGCGCCGGCACCACACGGGCGAGUCCUUCCCCUGCCACCUGUGCCGCUACACCACCCCCGACCGCCAGCUCCUGCUCCGCCACCUGCGCAAGCACCACCCCGCCGGCCCGCCCCUCCCGUCGGCCCGCAAGCCCCGCCCCCACGGCCCUUUCCCCGCCGAGCCCGCCGCCGCCGUCCUGUCCCUCAGACUGUCGCCCCUGCGUCACUCAGAGUCCCCGAGCUCCUGACGCAGGCCCCGUCCUGUCUCUCUGUCCCCUAAGCAAGGCUCUGUCUCCCCCCUAUUCAGGCCACUUAGGCUGCGUUACCGCAGUUCCUCCAAGAUCACCCCCCUUGCUCUUUACUCAGCCUGUGCAUAUUCCACCCCUGCAGCGCUCUCCGUUCCCCGGUCUCUCCCUAGCUCUCUGCCUCCCUCCCUCUCACUCCAAAACCCGGUUACCCAAACCUACCAUUAUGCACAUUACGCACAGCAAGACUCCAGCUAUGAAACUGAUGUGACCUCAGGGAACCUCAUUAUAGCUGCAGGGAGAAGGCGGUUUCUGUCUUUCUUCUGCCUCAGUCUCCCAUUGUUUAAGCAUUCACACACAGACACACACGCAGAUAGGAACCCAUACAUCACGGCCAGCAGGACUGUCACUACUCAGAUCUCCUCCCUGUCUGAUGGUGUUGGCCGGUGGACUCCUUCCUCGAAGAUUACCCUCAGUUCUGCACAACUCUGUGAAACUCCCUGUCUGACAGGAAAAAUAACAGCAUUAUGUUUCCUCUUACAUAUUUGCUAUACUCAGGACAGCUUAGAUUGCUUACAGCGAUGUAUGAUCUGUGACUAAUUGGUUCAACUGGACUAUUACUGGAACAACUGAGGCACCAAGCUGUAAGUUUUGAGUGUGCUUGUAAGCAUUACCACUCCUCUGUUCCAAAAUGGAGUCAGUGUUGUUAGGAACAAUGUUCUUGUUAAUAAGAAAUACUGGACCUUUUAUACUCAGUGUGUAAGCUUUAGAAACUGAUUAAAAAAAUCACAAAC